AUGGGCUACCUCAAGGCGGACUGCAUCCGCCUCGUCCUCGAGACGGGCAGGGACGUGCUCGUCUCCGACUCGGACGUCGUCUGGGUUGGCGACCCGCUGCCGCUGCUGACGGAGCUGAUGCAAGAGGGCGCGACGGUCGGCGCGUCGACCGACUGCCUCGAUCUGGACUCGGACCGCGACAAGACCGAGCGGCCUCGUUCGCCGGUCCAGUGCGGCCACGCGCCCGGCAACACGCACGGCGCGGUCCUCAACACCGGCGUGCUCUGGUUCAAGUCGUCGGUCGACUCGAUCGCGCUCGCGCGGAGGUGGGCGCUCGAGACGCUCAACCUGCACUCGCCGCACUCGGACGACCAGGGCGCCUUCAACAACCUGCUCGCCGACGGCAUGUACCCUGUCAAGGCCGCCUCCCCGUCGGGGCGCGUCAUCGGCCCGGUCCGCGGCUUCGGCCCCGAGGGUCUUCGCCUGGCUCCGCUCCCGAUCGACCGCUUCUGCGGCGGGCACACGGUCUGGGUGCAGCAGGCUGGCGAGCCGCGACGCUGCGUCUCGAUCCACGCGACCUUUACGGAGUACGGCGACGGCGGGAAGCGCUUCCGGCUCCUCGAGUCCGGCCUGUGGGCGCUGCUGCCCGAUGCCUACUACACCGAGGGCAGGUUCCUCACCUUUGUGCCGCCGGACCCCGGAGCCGACCCGAUGCCGUGCCAGGCCGGGGAAGGGGUUCACGCGCCGGGGAAGCUGACCGCGCCGUGCGGGGGCGAGGACCCGGCGCACGGGCUGCCUCCGAAGCCAGCGGGCAAGGAGAUCAUGUGGCAGGAGGGGCUGAAGCGGUCGGUGCGGCUGCGCGCCAACGUGGCGCUGAUGGCGCGGCAGGUCCACGCACUGCGCGACGCGAUGGGCAUCGCGCGGGUCCUCAAUCGCACGCUCAUCCUGCCCCAGUUCGACUGCCUCUGCGACCGAUCGGAGUACCCGGACAUCAUGCCGAGCUGUCUAUACCAGGGCGCGCCGCGCCGGAUGCAGAUCCCGUUCAAGUGCAGCACGAGCUUCGUCAUCGACACGCACAAGCUGCAGCUGAUGGCGACGGAGCCGACGCGCUUUGGCAUGCAGCCGCACAAGUUUGGGGGCAAGUUCACCGCGCCGCUGCCCGUGCGCGCGCACCGCUUCCUCGCCGACCCUCGCACCGACGCGGCCAUCACGCGCUCCGUCCUCGACGUUGUCGUCGGUGCAGGCGCGGCGACGGCGCCCUGCUCGACCUCCUCCACCGAGCAGUGCCCCGCGCUGCCGCGCCAGGCGAGCAAUGUGCAGGUGCUGCAGCGGCUGCAGGGCGCGGAGGCGAGGGAGGCGCGCGUGCUGCGCCUCUCGGACGCGGUUGGCGCGUUUGGCGGGUGGGAGGACCGGCCCGACGAGUCGCUGCUCUUCAACACGAUGAUGGAGUACUACCUGUACCGCGGCAACUGGUGCUGCACCUCGCGCUUCAUCGACAACAACGCCGACAACGGGCGCGUUUACAUCCAGCAGCCUCCGCCGCUCAAGCGCCCGAGAGGCGGCUGA